UCCACCACAACUGAAAAUCAAUUGUAUACUUCAACAUUACCUACUUUCACGACUUUGCCACAGACCAAAAUAAUGACGACCAAUUUUUAUUUGCCGGAAACCUUACAUCCCACACAACCAAGUGUUGAUCACGAGCAAGACAAUACAGAGACCACAACGGAGACAAUAAUAAACACUGCUGUCGCCGAAAAACUGGCAAUCGAGACUACAAUCCUACCAAUGGUGGAAUCAACUACGCAUUUCUCUGAGCUAAUUCAUCGGCCCACUGAUCCAUUCCUGUUGCUGAAUACGAGCAUCACAAUUGGGGAAACCAAUAAUACUGCGAAUUGGAAUAAUGGUUCCAACCAUAGUGGAAGUUUCAACUCUUCCGUCCCGACAACUACCAAUUUAACGAUUUCGACUUUUCCAGUUGUAGCAGCAAGAAAACGGAAAAUGUGGAGCACCUAUGACAAAAUUGGAUUAUAUGCAUGCAGAAUUACUAAAUUACUUAAGAAGAAUAAUUUCUUUCAUGAUCGAGAUCUUUCUACUAUUAAUAAUAUCAUAUCGAGGAAAUUUGAUUAUGUAUUAUGUGAUUCGUUACUCAGCGGAAAGCCAAUAUUUUAUGCCAAAAACAUUUAAAUAUAUGCAACAAGUUAAUUAAGCAAAUGCAUUUGCAGAGUGUUGGAUU